AUGGCGAAAAGGCACAAAAGCUGUGCUCCUGAGGAACUGUGCUACUGUGUGCUGAUAAGAAAUCUGUUGUGGAACUACCACAGCUACUUCGUGCCUUCGGAACAGAUACGUGAAGUAAACACUGGGACAAUGGAAAGACCACUUGAGGCUACCAGGAUGGAAAAGAGCACUUCCUGCUUUCUAAUGGAAAGAAAGACUCGUGUGAAGACUAGUAGGAAAGAGAUUGUGCUAGCCAAGCUGAGGAAGAGCUGCUCCUGCUCUCCAAGGAAACUGAAGAACUUCGUCAUGGACUUCCUUCCUGUUUUACGAUGGCUUCCCAAGUACCAGUGCAAAGAAUACAUUUGGGGGGACGUUAUGUCUGGGUUAGUGAUUGGGAUCAUUCUAGUGCCCCAAGCAAUUGCGUACUCACUACUGGCAGGUCUGAAGCCCAUUUACAGUCUUUACACAUCAUUCUUUGCCAACAUCAUCUAUUUCUUGAUGGGCACAUCCCGUCACGUCUCAGUUGGCAUUUUCAGCUUGAUAAGCUUAAUGGUAGGACAAGUUGUGGACCGAGAACUUAUCUUGGCUGGGUUCGACUUGAAUGAUGAUGCCCCACCAGUCUUGGGUGACAGCUCCCUGCAGAGUGACAGCCAAUCCAACACAACUGUCUUCAACCUUACCGCGGGGGGGAUGAAUGCCGAGUGUGGGAAGGAAUGCUAUGCUAUCGGCAUUGCCACAGCCUUGACAUUUGUGGCUGGAGUCUAUCAGGUUCUAAUGGGAGUCUUUCGUCUGGGUUUUGUAUCUAUGUACCUGUCUGAGUCUGUACUAGACGGCUUUGCAACUGGUGCCUCCCUAACCAUUUUAACAGCUCAAGUGAAGUAUCUGAUUGGAAUAAAAAUCCCUCGUAGCCAAGGGCACGGAAUGCUUGUAAUUACUUGGAUUAAUAUUUUCCGGAACAUUUCUCAGGCUAACAUCUGUGAUGUCAUCACAAGUGCCAUUUGCAUUGUAGUGCUGGUUGCUGCUAAAGAACUGGGAGAUCGGUAUAAGCAUAAGCUGAAGUUCCCUCUACCCACAGAGCUUGUAGUUAUUGUUGUGGCAACGCUGGUGUCACAUUAUGGAAACUUAAAUGAAGUUUAUGGAUCCAGUGUUUCUGGAGCUAUUCCAACAGGAUUUAUCGCCCCCAAGGUACCACAUUUCAACUUAAUGCUCCGUGUUGCUGUAGAUGCUUUACCUCUUGCUGUAGUCAGCUUUGUCUUCACCGUAUCCCUUUCUGAAAUGUGUGCAAAGAAAUACGCUUACACCAUCCGAGCCAAUCAGGAGAUGUUCGCUGUGGGGUUCUGCAACAUCAUUCCUUCUUUCUUCCACUCUUUCGCAACUAGCGCAGCUCUGGCGAAAACACUCGUCAAGACAUCUACAGGCUGCCAGACUCAAGUCUCUGGAGUGAUCAGUGCAAUGGUGGUUUUACUGGUGCUGCUCUUCUUGGCACCUCUCUUCUACUCCUUACAGAAGUGUGUCCUGGCUUGUAUCAUCAUUGUCAGCCUCCGAGGAGCCCUGAGGAAAUUCCGAGAUGUGCCGGCACGGUACCACGCGAACAAGGUGGACACAGUGGUUUGGGUUGUUACUAUGGCUGCCUCUGCCUUGAUCAGCACAGAAGUAGGGCUGUUGGUUGGUAUUGUUUUCUCCAUGAUAUGCAUCAUUGUUCGCACACAGCGGCCACGGACGGCCCUGCUUGGUCAAAUCCAAGACACCAGCUUUUACGAGGAUGACUUAGAAUAUGAAAAUCUCUCCUCCAUUCCAAAGGUCAAAAUAUUCAGAUUUGAGGCACCACUUUACUACGCAAACAGAAACUAUUUCCUAAAGUCUCUGUACAGAUUGACUGGUUUAGAUCCUAACCUAGAAGCUGCUAGAAGGAAGAAAUAUGAGAAGAAGGAAAAGCAGCAUGUGAAAAAGGAAGAUCACACAACUGCUAAUGGACUGGGCAGCGGAGACACCACUCUGCAACUAGUUCCUAAGCAAAUCGAUUUCCAAACUCUUAUUGUAGAUUGCUCUUCCAUCUCAUUUUUGGACACCACUGGAGUUAAUACUCUAAAGGAAAUUCUGAAAGACUACAAGGAGUUAAACAUUUCUGUUCUUCUGGCUUGCUGCAAUCCCGCAGUGAUAGACUCUCUGAAAAGAGGAGGCUACUUUGGGAAAGAUUUUGGAAGUAUGCAGGAAAUGCUCUUCUACAGCAUACACAAUGCUGUGCAGUUUGCACAAGACCAAAAGCUUCCGGAAGAUUGUUCUGUUUAA